UUCUGAUAAUAUCACCCUUUAGAAAUGUGUUAAAAGGAGGCAUUAAUUGAUUUUUCUCCUUGUAGGAAAGAACACCAGAAAUGGAUACGACGGGGCAAACAAUGAGUGGAGAUUCAGUGACUAUCAAGCAGGAGAUUGAAGAGGAAACUGAAUCAGGCUCAUCUGUGCAAAGUGAUGAUUUCCAUUGGGACAGUUACCUGAAAGAGACUGGAUCUGUAAGUGCUCCUGCAGAGUAUUUCAGACAGUCGAAGAUUCCGCCAACUAAUGACUUCAAAGUUGGUAUGAAAUUGGAAGCCCGUGACCCUCGCAAUGUGUCUUCGACAUGUAUUGCCACCAUCAUUGGAGUUAGUGGUUCCAGGCUAUGUUUACGCCUUGAUGGUAGUGAUGACAAAAACGACUUUUGGAGACUUGUUGAUUCUGCAGACAUACAGCCCAUUGGAACGUGUGAAAAGCAAGGGGACUUACUACAGCCUCCACUGGGGUACCAGAUGAAUACCUUAUCGUGGCCAAUGUUCCUCUUGCGAACACUGGAUGGAUCUGAAAUGGCACCUGCAACAUUCUUCAAGGAGGAACCGCCAAAGCCACCUCUAAAUAAUUUUGAAGUGGGGAUGAAACUGGAAGCUGUAGACAAAAAGAACCCUUAUAUGAUAUGUCCUGCAACUAUUGGAGGUGUUAGAGGAGAUGAAGUUCAUAUCACAUUCGAUGGCUGGAGUGGAGCUUUUGAUUAUUGGUGCAAGUACUAUUGCCGAGAUAUUUUCCCAGUUGGGUGGUGUCACCUGGCAGGACAUGUAUUACAACCACCAGGAACUCAUGUAAUCCAGCAGUCAAUGAAGUCUGCAAGGAAAACUACUGUAACAUUACCAACACCGCAGCCCAGGAGAUCAGGUCGGACUAAACCAGCUGGAUAUUCUCCAGUCCCUAAGAAGGAAAGUUCUGCUAAAAAUGUCACACCAAGGAGCAAAGGCCCCAAAAAGGUUAGUUGUCCUGUUCUGUGUUCCACAUCUUCAACUUCUGUAAAGAUGCUGACCAGAGGCCGUGGUGUUGCAUAUAAGGAUUCCUCUCCUGGGUCAUACAAAAUAAUGAUGUCUACAGUCUGUGUCUAUAUAAACAAACAUGGAGACUGUGGCCCUCACCUGGAUCAGAAUAAAAUCCAGCAGUUGCCUGACCACUUUGGCCCAGGCCCUGUGAAUGUGGUGCUGCAGCAGACUGUGCAGGCCUGUGUGGAUUGUGCCAUUGAAAGUAAAACUGUUUUUGGAUUUCUUAAGAAAGAUAAUCAUGAUGGAGAAGUGAUAACUGCCUUCUUUGAUGGGGAAGCUCACUGUGCCCAGCUCCCUUCAGUGAACAGUGCAUCAUUUGCUCUUCGCUUUCUUGAAAACUUGUGCCACAGCCUGCAGUGUGAUAACCUUUUGAGUAGUCAGCCUUUUAGUGCUUACAGAGGUAAUAUUCAUAGUGCUACAGAAGAUGAUAAAAUUAAAGCAGUGAAAGAAGAGGUAAUUGAAAGACCAAUCACCAAACGGCCUUCUGAGCAACCUGUAUCUGAUGUGGCUCCUUUUGCUCCUAAGCUCCCCAAAACAGAGAUGUACACCUCUGAAGAAGAACUAUUUUCUUCUGAGGAAAAUGACAUGUCCAUAGAGGAGAAGCUUCCUGAAGAGUUCAAAGACUCACCACUAAGUUCAGAAAAUUCUUUGAAUCCUGCAAGCAGAGCUCUGAUAAGCACUGAUUCUACAGUCUCCAAGAAUUUUUCUGACAGUGCUCCAGGAUCCUCAAGUUCAGCACUAGCGGAUACAUCCUUUACCCAGAGUGGUCCCCAUGAAUUCCAAAUGCAGAACAGAGAAGCUCCAAGUUACAUAGCUGUACCUGAUCCCAGUGUCCUGAAACAAGGCUUCUCUAAGGACCCAUCAACCUGGUGUGUGGAUGAAGUGAUACAGUUUAUGAAGCAUAAAGAUCCUAGGAUAUCAGGCCCCCUCGCUGACCUCUUCAGGCAACAUGAAAUUGAUGGGAAGGCUCUGCUACUACUCCACAGUGAUGUUAUAAUGAAGUAUAUGGGGCUGAAGUUGGGGCCAGCUCUAAAGUUAUGUUACUACAUUGAAAAACUUAAAGAAGGGAAAUACAAUUUUAAAAAUGUGUAA